GUCUGGUUUAGGGAGCAAAGGAGGAGAAGAAAAAGCGGCGGCGGCGGUACUGGGCACAGAAGAGAAACCAUGGGCAACGCCGCGCAGGUACGAUGGGGGAGGAUGUCACUCGCCUGCACUUCGCUUCUCCUGCUCACGUCAUUGGUUACUGUCCCCGCCGUCCCCAUCGAUAAGGACAAGACGAAAGUGAAGGCUGAGCCGACAGAAGAUGAGCAACAAUCUGAUUCAACAGACACUGGACUCUUUUAUGACCGAUAUCUCAGGGAAGUGGUGGAAGUUCUGGAAACAGACAGACAUUUCCGAGAGAAGCUCCAGACGGCGGAUAUUGAAGACAUUAAGAGUGGGAAGAUCAGUAAAGAACUGGACCUAGUGAGCCACCAUAUCCGCACCAAACUGGACGAACUGAAGAGGCAGGAAGUGGGGCGACUGCGCAUGUUGAUCCGAGCCAAGAUGGACCUCGGGGACAAUACAGGAAUGGAUCACCGGGCUCUGCUCAAGCAGUUUGAGCACCUCAAUCACAACAACCCGCACUCCUUUGAACCCCAGGACUUGGACUUGCUCAUCAGAACUGCAACAAAAGAUCUGGAAAGUUAUGAUAAAACGCGACACGAUGAGUUUAAAAGGUACGAAAUGAUGAAGGAGCACGAGAGACGCGAGUACCUGAAGACGCUGGAUGAGGAGAAGAGGAAAAAGGAGGAAGAGAAAUAUGAGGACAUGAAGAAAAAGCACAGGGAGCACCCAAAGGUUAAUCACCCUGGGAGCAAAGACCAAUUAAAGGAGGUUUGGGAGGAGACAGACGGACUUGAUCCCUCAGAGUUUGACCCCAAGACUUUCUUCAAGUUGCACGAUACAAACAGUGACGGAUUCCUUGAUGAGCAGGAACUAGAGGCUCUGUUUACAAAAGAGCUGGAGAAAGUGUAUGACCCAAACAAUGAGGAGGAUGAUAUGGUGGAGAUGGAGGAGGAGAGACUGCGGAUGAGAGAGCACGUAAUGAUGGAGGUGGAUCUAAACAAGGACCGGCUCAUAGACCUGCAGGAAUUCAUCAGGGUCACAGAGAAAAGGGAGUUCCUGGAGCCCGACGGCUGGGAGACGGUGGCCGAUCAGCAGCUCUACACUGAGGAGGAACUGCAGGAGUUUGAGAAGCAGAUUGUGCAGCAGGAGAAGGAGCUAAAGAGGAAAGCGGACGAGUUGUACCGGCAGAGGGAGGAUCUCCAGAAACAGCACGACUACAUCCAGGCCCAGAAACAGGAGCUACAACAGGUGGUUCAACAAAUGGAGCAGAAAAAACUAGAGCAGCAACAACCUGUGGCACCUGCUGUAUCAGAUGCCAAUGUCAACUUUCAGCAACCUGGUGACCAUGCCGUCCAUUUAGGAUCCCAGCAGCCUCUGCCCCCCGGGCACCUCCCAGAAACAGGCGUAGCACAGAGCCACCCAGUGCCAUAACCCGCCUUCUUCCAAUAUUUAUAGUUUUAUUUUAUUUGUUUUUCAUUUUCUUUUCUUGUUUUCAAAAAUAAAAAUACAAAAAAAUCCGGUCCCUCCUUCUCUAUGAAGAACAGAUAAACAGAGAAGAUGGGCACUCAAGAUUCGCUAAGUGCCAGUUUAGUGUUUGGAAAAAUCCCCUUUCUGUUCUGGAGAAUUAACCUUGUUGCCUAAUUCCUGGGACUAGACUCUGAAGCUGCCAUAUUGGUUGUUGGAAAGGAACAAUGUCUGAAUUGUGGAUGGUCUUUUCUUUAUUUUUGGACCAAAUUAAGUGAGAAUAAGUGUAUCUGAGUAAUUUCCAAUUGUCCUUUUGUUGCUGUUGUGCUGUAGGUUUGUUUGUUAUUAAGUCCAAAUAAAGGUACAAGUGCAAAGUUCCUUUAAUACCAUGUUGGUGAAGUGCUGGAGCUCGCACAGUUGCAGUACCAACUCCGGCUUGUGUGCUGCAAGCAUGGUCCCCUUUAAGCUGCAAUGGUACAGCGCCACCAGCUGCCAUUUAGAGGAAUGACUACUGACUAAAGUGGCAGUAGGCAGUGCAACUGCGGACUAUUUUCAUCAGAGUUUAUGCUCAGUCUGUUUUAUUUAUUCAUUUGGCUUUAUGAUCGUUUGUGGGGGGGGGGUCUGUGAGUGUUUCCUGGGGGCAUUAUAUACCGACCAAUUAUGUAUUUAAGAUAACAUCAUGUUCUACAGAGCUUAUCUGCUGUGUAACCUGAGCCUUUUCUCCAUUGAAUGGCCGCCCCUAUUGAUACACAGCAGCUUAUUUAUAUAAACAAUAGUAGAGUUUCUGAAGCAAACCCACCAGUUUUACCAGUGCAGGGCAACACUGCAUUAUAUUUUUAUUACUUUAAAUCACAUUUUUUUGUGAUGUUACUGUUCCUUUAGGCUAGGGGCACACGGCGCGAUUUCGCCGCGAUUCUGCGCUGGGCGAGUUGUCGCUGCGUUUUUUAAGCCGAAAUAGCUUUGCUAACUUUGGCGCUGGCGUCAAUGCAAAUCGCGGCGAAAUCGCUGCGCUAAUUCACACGCGGCGAUUCUUUUUCUACUGUCGCCCGGAAACGCCCAGCGAGGCAACUUCGGACGACAAUAGAAAACGAAUCGCCGCGUGUGAAUUAGCGCAGCGAUUUCGCCGCGAUUUGCAUUGACGCCAGCGCCAAAGUUAGCAAAGCUAUUUCGGCUUAAAAAACGCAGCGACAACUCGCUUAGCGCAGAAUCGCGGCGAAAUCGCGCCGUGUGCCCCUACCCUUAAGCUGCUCAAAGAGGCACUUUCUGCCACCCAAGCCCUGGUGCUGCUGGAGUGUGGGGGGAACUUUUACGGUACUUCUCAUUUUUGUCUUUUUUAAAUUGUAGAAUUU